AUGAAUGAUCUUCUCACGGAUUCAUUUGUCGGGGAUGCUAAAGGCAGUCCUUCAAGAGAACAUGAUAUUGAGAUAGGCGCCCAUUAUCCCAGGAGUAGCUCGGAUUUGGGAAUGGAAGGUUUUAAUCAGCAGAUAGACGAGGUUGAGAAACAGGUGGAUAAACUGUCUGGUUUACUUACAGAACUUAAGGAGGCCAAUGAGGAAUCAAAAUCAGUUACGAAAGCAUCCGCCAUGAAAGCUGUAAGGAAGUGCAUGGAGAAAGAUGUUGAUGGAGUGGGAAUGAUAGCACGGAAUGUGAAAAUGAAAAUUGAAGCAAUAACUAAAGAUAACUUAGCCAAUCGACAGAAAUCCGGGUGUGAAAAAGGGACAGCUGUUGACAGGUUGAGGAUGAACAUGACAAAUUCCUUGACCACAAACUUUAAAGACUUGAUGACAGCAUUUCAGAACUUGAGACAGAAGAUAGAUGAGGAAUAUCGCGAGGUUGUGGAGAGAAGGGUGAUCACAGUCACUGGAACUAGACCAGAUGAAGAGACAAUCAACAACCUGAUUGAAACUGGAAACAGUGAACAAAUAUUCCAGAAAGCCAUCGAAACAGGACGAGGGGAGGUGCUAAGUACUUUGGAAGAAAUUCAGGAGAGACACGACGCUGUGAAAGAAAUUGAACAAAAGCUUCUUGACUUGCAUCAGAUACACCUUGAUAUGGGUGUUCUUGUCGAAGCUCAAGGAGAAAUCCUCGACAACAUUGAGAGCCAGGUGAGGAAUGCAGUAGACCAUGUAAACAUGGGUACAGACGCUCUCCAUACUGCUAAAAGCUUGCAGAAAAAAUCAAGAAAAUGCAUGAUGAUUUCCAUCAUAUUGCUCCUGUUUAUUGCAAUCAUAAUUGUGCUUUCUGUUCUAAAACCAUGGAGCAAAUAA